AUGGGUAUCCUGCGCAAAGUUUUUUCUCGCCGCACGCUUGCAUACGCCACGGGUGGUACAGCGUUGUUUUUCGGAGGCGGUCUCGUAUACCUGAAUUCUGGUCCACCAUAUCCUGUUCCUUCGAAGGAGACUCGCCGACCACCUCCGCCAUGGACACCACCAUCGAGAGCUGAAAUGUUGGCGAAGCUCAAAGCAUCUGGUGCGAUCACCACACUUACCAAGGGUGGUCAAGAUGCACAGAGCGAGGAAUUCGAUUUGCUAAUCAUUGGAGGAGGCGCUACGGGUGCUGGUUGUGCUGUAGAUGCGGCCAGUCGCGGGUUGAAAGUUGCGCUGGUGGAAAGAGACGAUUUCAGUGCUGGAACUUCUUCCAAAUCAACCAAGCUCGUCCAUGGAGGUGUCAGAUACCUACAAAAAGCUGUAUUCGAACUCGAUUAUGACCAAUACAAACUAGUUCGCGAGGCUCUCCAUGAACGACGCACGUUCCUCCACAUCGCCCCGUAUCUCUCUGAAAUGUUACCUAUCAUGCUUCCCAUUUACAAGUACUGGCAAGUCCCUUACUACUGGGCUGGUUGCAAGAUGUACGACGUUCUGGCUGGAAAGGAAAACAUGGAAAGUUCGUAUCUCAUGAGCAAAGGAAAGGCAUUGGAGACUUUCCCCAUGCUUAAGAGCGACGGUCUGGUUGGGGCACUGGUUUAUUAUGAUGGACAACAUAACGACUCGCGCAUGAACAUCGCUCUCAUCAUGAGCGCUGUCAAGGCCGGUGCUGUUGUGGCCAACUAUUGCGAAGUCACACAACUGCACAAGGACGCGAACGGAAAACUAAACGGAGCAAAGGUCAAGGACACCCUCACUGGAGAACAGUGGAACGUUCGCGCCAAAGGUAUUAUUAACGCGACAGGCCCUUUCGCUGAUUCAGUCUUGGCUCUCGACAACCCUUCACAUGAAACGAUCGUCCAGCCAUCCUCCGGCGUGCACAUCACGCUCCCCAACUAUUAUUCCCCUCGCACGAUGGGUCUUCUAGAUCCCUCCACCUCCGACGGGCGCGUUAUCUUUUUCCUCCCCUGGCAAGGCAACACCAUCGCUGGCACAACUGAUACCCCCGCACGCGUCUCUCGCGAUCCCGAGGCAUCCGAAGAGGAUAUCCGAUGGAUCCUCGAGGAGGUCCGCAGCUAUCUCUCCCCGGAUAUCAAGGUCCGCCGCGGGGACGUUCUGAGCGCGUGGAGUGGGUUGCGUCCAUUGGUGAGAGAUCCGAAUGCGGAGAAGACCGAGGGCCUGGUUCGCAAUCAUAUGAUUAAUGUCAGUGAGAGUGGGCUGUUGACCAUCGCUGGUGGAAAAUGGACGAAGUAUAGGGCAAUGGCCGAAGAGACCAUCGACACUGCGAUCAAGGCGUUCGGUUUAGAGGGACGCGUUAAGAAUGGGUGUGUUACGAGAGAGCUGAGGCUUGUUGGAAGCGAUGGCUGGAGUCGUAACAUGUUCAUUGGGCUCAUUCAGACCUACGGAUUGGAAACUGCUGUAGCUAAGCAUCUUUCGGAGAACUACGGUGAUCGCGCAUGGACAGUCUGCUCGCUCGCCGAACCGACGGGCGAAUCAUGGCCUCUACACGGAAAGCGACUGGCUCCCCAAUAUCCUUUCAUUGACGCGGAGGUGCGGUACGCCGUACGCCACGAAUACGCUCAGACCGCCAUCGACGUUCUCGCACGACGCACACGGCUCUCCUUCCUGAACGCGCGCGCCGCGCUCGACGCUCUGCCCACCGUCGUUGACAUCAUGGCACAGGAACUCAAUUGGACGUACGCUCAGCGGAAGAAGCAGAUCGACGAUGCGGUCAAGUUCUUGGGUAGUAUGGGCAUCUCUCCCGCGCUCGCGGCGGCGCACAAACCUGAGCCGAUACCGCGUGGGCGCUGGGAGAACUUGAUGUGGUCGGUGAGGAAGACAGGCGCGGGUGUAUGGAAUGUGUUUUGGCCUGUUCAUGAGACAAAGGAAAGCUUCGGCCCGGGGAGAAGCAAAUUCGAGGCGGGUGAGGUGGCUGCGCUCCGAAGUGCGUUUGCUGGACGAGCGAGGCCAGUAGGCGAUGGAGAGGAGAAGGUGAAGGCGGAGGAGGUGGUCGAGGUGCUGAAGCUUGUGCCUAGCUAUUCGGAGAUCAGCAAAAUCACAAAAAAGGAGCUAGAUUAUGUGUUAAACGAGGCUGGGAUGCGUGGGCAGUCUGAGUUCGACUUUGAUGAAUUUAUCGAGAUUUCUGGUAAUCUAAAGGAGAUCUUGGUUGCUCCCUCACCUAAAAAACAUCGCAGUCGGAUGAGCAUUCCUGUGGAAAAGAGCGGAGGAGGCGUUUGA